GUGCGCCCUCCUGCGACCCCACUCCAGCACCCCCCUACCCCUACCUCCCCCACGGGGUGCCCCGCAGCUCCCCUCCUCCUUCCGCGCUCCCCUCCCCCCUGCCGGGCGCCGCUUCCCCGCUCCCGCUCCCUCCGCGUCUUUUCCUCUCCCCUCCCCGCGAAGUUUCGGGGCUGUCAGUCUGUCAGUCUUUCGGGCAGUCGGCACCCGAGCUACAGGCAGCGGGCGCCAUUGCGAGCAGAACCGGCCGGGGCAGAAGGCCGGGGAGCCUGGGUCCCGCCAGCAGCGGGGAGACCCGACCGGCCAGCCCGCCAGCUCCUGCAGUGACAGCCGGAGGGCCCAGGAGAUGACGUUCCCGGCUCCCCACCCCGGUCUUCCACUGUCCACCCUCUCCCCAGAGAAUCGAUUGAUUCCUGACGUCCCCAGGGCGUGUGGCCUGGUUCCCAGGAGGAGCUACCCUGGGUUGCCAUGAGAGAGACCUUUGAGGCCCUCAGCUCUCUGGGAUUCUCUGUGGGACAGCCGGAGAUGGCCCCCCAAAGUGAGCCUGGGGAAGGGUCCCAUAAUAACCAGCAACAGAUGUCCCCUUCCAGGGAAGACAGCAUGCUGGGCACAUGCUCUGGGCACGAGGCUCCCAGACCAGUGGAAGGUGCCCACACUGAAGAAGCUCAAGCCCCCUGCAGAGGAGGCCAGGUGUGCACGCCACAGAAGGCCGAGCCCAUGGGCUCCUGCCCAGGCGAUGAGUGGAUGAUACGGAAGGUGAAGGUGGAGGAGGAGGAUCAGGAGGCAGAAGAGGAGGGCGAAUGGCCCCAGCAUCUACCGUUACUCCCCGGCCCUUUUCCCGCGCCGGACCUGGGGCCUCUGGCCGCCGCGUACAAGCUGGAGCCCGGGACCCAGGGGGCACUGGACGGACUCGCGCUGGCCGGGUGGGCCCCGAGCUCGGAGAAGCCCUAUGGCUGCGGGGAGUGCGAGCGGCGGUUCCGGGACCAGCUGACUUUGCGGCUGCACCAGAGGCUGCAUCGCGGCGAGGGCCCCUGCGCCUGCCCAGACUGCGGCCGCAGCUUCGCGCAGCGCGCGCACAUGCUGCUGCACCUGCGCAGCCACCUGGGCGAGCGGCCUUUCCCCUGCUCCGAGUGUGACAAGCGCUUCAGCAAGAAGGCGCACCUGACCCGCCACCUGCGCACGCACACCGGCGAGCGGCCCUACCCGUGCGCGGAGUGCGGCAAGCGCUUCAGCCAGAAGAUACACCUGGGCUCGCACCAGAAGACGCACACGGGCGAGCGGCCCUUCCCCUGCACCGAGUGCGAGAAGCGCUUUCGCAAAAAGACACACCUGAUCCGCCACCAGCGCAUCCACACCGGCGAGAGGCCCUACCAGUGCGCGCAGUGCUCACGCAGCUUCACGCACAAGCAGCACUUGGUGCGGCACCAAAGGGUGCACGAGGCGGCCGGCCGCGCCCCAUCCUCUCCCGACGCGCCCGCUUCGCCGGGUUCCCCCGCCCCGUCCCCCACCCCGUCCCCUCCCGGGCCCAAGCCUUUCUCCUGCUCCGACUGCGGCCUGAGCUUCGGCUGGAAGAAGAACCUCGCCACGCACCAGCGUCUGCACCGCGGCGAGGGGCGCCCCUUUGGGUGCGACGAGUGCGCGCUGGGCACCACGGUGGACCCCGCCGCUGCCGAGCCCUUGGCUUGCGCGCCCGGGGACACCCCGGCGACCCAGGGCGCUCCCGCCGGCGAGCGGUCCUCCUGCGCGGACUGCGGGCGCGGCUUAGCCCACGGGCAGCACCUGGCGCGGCACCGGCGGGUGCACCCGGGCGAGCGGCCCUUCGCCUGCGCGCAGUGUGGCCGCCGUUUCGGCUCGAGGCCCAAUCUGGUCGCCCACUCCAGAGCCCACAGCGGCGCCAGGCCUUUCGCCUGUGCGCAGUGCGGCCGCCGCUUCAGCCGCAAGUCGCACCUGGGCCGCCACCAGGCGGUGCACACGGGCAGUCGGCCCCACGCCUGCGCCGUCUGCGCCCGCAGCUUCAGCUCCAAAACCAACCUGGUGCGCCACCAGGCCAUCCACACCGGCUCCCGCCCCUUCUCCUGCCCGCAAUGCGGCAAGAGCUUCAGCCGCAAGACCCACCUGGUGCGGCACCAGCGCAUCCACGGCGAAGCCGCCCACCCUGCCCCCGACGCCGACCUCUCGGCCCCAGCCUGGCCCACUCCCACAGAGGUGCCAGCGCCCCCCCUCUUCUUCUGAGCCCUGUUCUCUCCGGGCCCCUUCCUUGGCUCACUGGUUGGAGAGACCCAUGCUGGGGAUCUUCUGGGCGGUGAGCACGAUGGCCUGCACCCCGAUGGCUGCUCUUCCCUCUUUAUCUUGCCGGAGAGAAAAGUCCGGAAAGGAUAACCAGCUUUGACAUUCUGUGACAAAGACAAUGCUCAGAGUGUGAACCCUUGCUGGGAACAGUUCAGGCAUGAGUCUCGGCAAGAAUCUCACAAGAGACCCCAUCAGAACGUUUGUUUUUUGGACCCUCCUACCCCCACCCCCCAAGGCCUGACUGGGUCAGGAGCCCUUCCAGGGGGAGUGAAAGAAUGGUUAUGUGUGUACUUGAAGUGUCAUUAAAAUUAAAA